AAUGUCUUCCUUUAAUCUCCCUACACAUUCCCUCAAAGCUUCCCUCUUCAACUUCUUUUAUUCACGAAUUUUUGCUGUACAUGUUACGAUGAAGACAUACAGACCAAAUAGCCAACGUUUCAUCAUUUCCUCAUUUUUCUUCAUUAUUUUCCUUUGUAUUAUAGCUUCAAUCAAUGAAAUCCGAUUUGAUAGCAUUUUGAAGUUUGGUAGAUGUGCUUUUUCUCAAACAAGAUUUACUACUAAUUCAUCUACUACAAACUUUAUUAAUGUAAAUUCCUCCACCUUAUCAGCCACCAACGACGAAAUCCGAAUUCUCGUAGGAAUCUUGACACUUCCCGAUCAAUACCAAAAGAGACACUUCCUGCGGUUAAUCUAUGGGACACAAUCUCCAAUAAUGGGUGCAAAAGUUGACAUCAAGUUUGUUUUCUGCAACCUAACAAAAGAAGAUCAAAAGGUAUUAGUGGCACUUGAAAUAAUGCGUUACGAGGAUAUCAUCAUCCUCAACUGUCAAGAAAAUAUGAACAAAGGUAAGACAUAUACCUAUUUUUCAAGCUUGCCAGAAAUAUUUUCAGCCUCUAAUGACCAACCUUAUUAUCCACCUUAUCAUUACGUGAUGAAAACCGACGAUGACACAUACAUACGGCUUGAAAAUUUUGUACAAUCCUUAAGGCCAUUACCUAGGGAAGAUUUAUACUAUGGUUAUGUUAUACCAUGUCCUAGCAUGGACCCUUUUGUGAACUACAUGUCAGGAAUGGGUUAUUUGGUGAGUUGGGAUAUAGUAGAAUGGUUAAAAGAUUCUGAUAUUCCUAAAACUCAUUUAGAAGGGCCAGAAGAUAAGGUAUUUGGAGAGUGGCUACGAGAUGGUCAUCGAGCAAGACAUAGAUACAAUGCCAAGUGGUCAAUGUACAAUUUUCCCGAGCCACCAACGAGAUGCACGCAUGAACUAUGGCCGGACACCAUUGCAGUUCAUCUUCUAAAGAACCAAGAGAAAUGGAUUCAGACACUUAAUUAUUUCAAUGUCACUAGGGAUCUUAAACCAUCUAAGCUGUAUCAUAUACCUUAGGUAUCUUUUCCUUUAUGUAUACUAUAUAGAAUUAUUGCAAGAUGGAAAAAAAGAAUAAGAACAUUUUUUUCCUAUAAAUGGGCAGGGAAGAGUUUAUUAUUUUCUAUUAUCUUUGUUUCCGUAAUUCUUUGGACGAGGAGUACUCUUGAUGCAGUUUUGAAAGGGAAAAAUUAUACAUGUUCAUCAGGUCAAAAUUUAGUAUCCAAAAUAAUUCAAUUGU